AUGGCCCAUUUGAUGGCCUCUUCGCCCCUAUCCUGCCCUCCACCAGACCAAUCUUUCUCCAGGCAAUCGGAAGGCGCACGUGGGCACAAAAAGUACCGGCCUGCCAGAGAACUCCCGUUUGAAUUGGCUCAACAUGUGCAAACUUACUAUGAAGAGAGUCUGUUCACUCAGGCAUACACUUUCCUCCUUUCCAUCAUCGGAAACAGCGUGUCCUCUAUCGAUCGACAAGCCCCCAUUACCAUUCCAGCGGCGCCUCAUCUGGCAUUGGCGGUGACCGUGUCUGUACACCCCACCUUCACCACUCGAACCAGGUCACGUGAGAAGUGGGAGCAGGCCCAGCUCGCCCUCCGUCUACUACGUCUCGUCUACCAGACUGUCGGCCCUGUGAACGGCAAUUUCCUGGGUGCAUUUUCUUUUCGAAGAUAUGACGCGCGAGUCCUCCGACGUGGCCGCUUCGAUGAUGACGACGACGACUACCAUCAAACGCAGAAUACAGCGAUUCCAAGAUCAGACCUCAACACGAUGUAUGCAGACUCCCACAGACUGUGGACGCGUGCGGAUGACUUCUGGCAUCUAGUCGGCUGGGCAUUCAAUUGUGCUUGCCUCCCUGGUAUACACGCACAACGCUGGCGACGAUAUCAGGGCCUGCUCGAGUUCCUGCUCGACGUGCUGGAAACGGACUGGCAGAUCCGUGAAGAGUCCGAGUCAGCCGAGGAAAGCCUGCUCUGGCAUUACAUCGAGCUGGCGGCGGGCGGGCAUGCUCGACAGAGACGCAUUCUGCGGGCGAUCUUCGCGGACGGGUCGACGCGUUCGACGAACGAGUUUCGCCCCAUCUUCGCCAACGAGCUGAAGGAGCCUGCGGCCGACAAGGAGGGAGGAGGGAUCAAGAAACGAGAGGUGGACGUGGACAUCGAUCAAGAAGUCUUUGGCGACUACCUGAUGCAGGACGACUCGGACGACUCAGACGAGGCAGGCGACCAAACUACAGCGCCGCGCGGGCCCGGACGCCUCUCGAAACGCACGCGUACUCGCACACCAUCCUCCCGUCGCGUGACGCCCAGAGGCAGUACGGGCAGCCUCCGGAGCGAAUAUGAGACCGGCCACGAAAAUCUUCCACAUUCCAGCACCACUACCACCACCACCACCACCACCACCACUACCACCACCACGGCCUCCGUCUCCGCUAACCUCGGCGACCACGAGUCCCUCAACCUGCGCCUGCGCCUUCUCAACCUCCUCACACACAUCUCGGCCCACCCGACCCUAACCUCGACCUCACCAACGACAUUCCCGGACCUCGAGGAUCUCUUCACACUCUUCGUAGAGUUCAUCAAACCGCUCCCACUCCCGAUCUUCGCACACUUCGUGCUUCCCACCGCGACCCCAUCCCAACCCACCGGGAUCCUCACCCUCCAAACAACCAUGAUGCUCGCGGAGGUCCUGCUCCAGCGCCUCCUCGAAGCCUCCGCACCCAGCAUCCGCUCGCACGCACUGCUCUCGCGCGGCAAGCUCGAGACGGAGUAUCUCCCGUUCGCGGCGGGCAAGAACACCGCCGAUGCGAACGCCAGAGUCAGUAUCCUGCUCGAGAGUCUGACGAGGUGUUUGAUUGCGAUGGAUCGUGACGAGUGGGCGUUGAAGGCAACCUCGGAGAAAAUGCUGCGGGCUGUGCGGAGUGGUGUGCACAGGAGGUUGGCGAGGGUCGUGGAUGGGGCGGGCGGCGGGAGUAGGAGUACCGCGGGGAAGAGGAAGGCGAAGGGUGCUGGAGGAGGAGAUGCCAGGGAUGAGGCUUCGGCUUGGCUCGUGGAGAGUGGCGACAGGCUUGCGGAUCUUGUUCGCUCUGCCACUGUACGAGUAGGGACAGAUUUCUAG